GAGAGGUUAGUGCUGAACAAUCUAGCCAGGUUGCUUUCUGACAAAUGGGGAGUUAGUUGUAUUCAGACAAACAGAGGCCCUUUAGUUUUACUGAGUCAAAUUGCCUGGAUUUACAGAGCAUUUUAAAUAAUCUAACUUUGCUGUUUGGAUUUCCACAGCACCCGAAAUAACAUUUUGACCAAGAGACCCAGUGCUGUUUGGAUAACUAGGUUUGUAAAGAACGGGGUGUUAUAUUGCAAUUGGGCCAAUAUUAUAGGUUUAUUGGAUUGCAAUCUCCAAGAUUCAGUUGAUAUCUAUGUACUACCUUGGAGUAAAUGUUUCCGCUCCCUGAUAUUUCGGUAGGACUUAAUUUUGGGUAAAGUAUCCCUUUAUCUUCAAAGCAUCUGCUGAAUCUUGUUGUAGUUUCACUGUUUCGGUUACAACCCAACUCAACCCAAAACCUGUCCGAUUCAUCAUCAAUGGGUCUUGGUUGCAAACAUUUAGUGGAAGCGCUUUGGAGAGGGAACGCACAUUGUUGUGAGUUCAAACCUGUUAACUCCGGUGCGUAAAUUCCCAGCGUACUUUACGAGCGCAACUGUUCCUGAAUUAAGAGGGUUUAUUGGUUUUCGCCACUAGUUAAUGAGCACUAAUUGCUCCUGGGGGGCGAUAAAAGCGAGGGAGGGAGGAAGCCUCCCCCUUAAACCAGGCUCCCUGUCCCGGCAUGGAGCGCUUCGUUUAUCCGUCUUACAGCGUUUAUCAAAGUUAUGGAAGCAGCUUUACCCCCAGCCACAACGUGGCCUCGAGGCUACCGCCCAAUCAGAAGCAGCCGAGCUGGAAGCAAAGCAAGUGCAGCGGCAUCUCUAACCCCUACCGCGGGCUGCUCACGGCCCCUUCCGCGACUCCUCCGGUGUCUUCGCCGGAUUAUUUGGAUACUUAUAAGCGAGCGCAGCUAAAGGCGCUGCUCUCGCACGUCAGCCCGGGCCUCACCCCGCGGCUCCGUAAAGCCAACACCAAAGAAGUGGGUGUUCAGGUGAACCCGCAGGCGGACGCCGCGGUGCAAUGCUCGCUCGGAUCUCGGCCGCUCCAGGCCGUCCGGCCUCAAAGCCCCCCGGGCCGGCUGAGCCUGGAGCAGCCGCCGCUCCCAGGCUUCUACUCGCCCGUGCUUGGUCGCCGCCUCUUCAUCUUUCCCGAAGCGGCGGGGAAACCGAAGGCGCCGCCUGAAGGGCCGGCUUCGCUUCCGUUCAGCCAGAUGUCCGAGGAAAAAGGAACGUCCGUAGAGAAGGGGGACGGCGAGGCCGAAGAGGAGGCGGGAGCUGAGGACGGGCUGGCGGGGCACGCCGUCGGAUACUCUGCCCAGCAGCAGGUCGGGAAAGGAGGCGAGGCUGAGGAAGGCGGGAGUCGCUUCUCCGAAGAGGAUAAAAGAACUACCUUCCAGUUCUUGGAACAGAAAUAUGGCUAUUUCCAUUGCAAUGACUGUAAGACCAGAUGGGAAAGUGCUUAUGUGUGGUGCAUUUCUGGAACCAAUAAGGUAUACUUUAAGCAGCUUUGUCGCAAGUGCCAAAAGAGCUUUAAUCCCUAUAAAGUAGAAGCAAUUCAGUGCCAUAUCUGUUCAAAGACUCGUUGCUCCUGUCCCCAGAAAAAAAGGCACAUUGACCUCAAGAGACCCCACCGGCAAGAGCUAUGUGGCCGCUGUAAAGGCAAAAGAUUAUCUUGCGACAACACCUACAGCUUCAAAUACAUUGUUUGAUCUGUGCAGUUUGUGUGCUGAGGUUGCAUUUAGCUAUGCACUUUGUUUCAUAAUGUAGAUUUGACUUUAGGAUUCUGACCUGGCAAUGGAUAAUGGACUAAAGAUGUUUGCAAUGCUAAGAUAUAUUUGUAAUUUAUCACUGUACUGCCUAAUUAAUAAAACUUAAAUUCCAAUUAAAUUGUAUUUCCCUUGAUGAGCAUUAAAAAGAGAUGGGAGAGCUGAUACACUUAACUAGAAAAAGGUGGAAAACUUAGAGGG